GGUAGGCACUGGGCUCGCCCCUCAAGCCACCUUGAGGAUGCUGAGUCCGAAUGCGUCCCGCGACCCCGAGCUUCGGAGCGCCCCAGCCCCCGACGGCGUCCCUGCGGACACGAGCGCCUCCCCAGGACGGCCGGAGAGGCCCCUGGGGCCGCGCGCGCCGCCGGGGCUGGAGGAGGCGCUAAGCGCGCUCGGGCUGGAGGGAGAGCGCGAGUACGCCGGAGACAUCUUCGCCGAAGUCAUGGUGUGCGGCACGCUGCCUCGGAGGGCCCUGCCCCGCACUGUGACGCCGGAGAUGCGGGCACUGGUGGUGGACUGGCUGGUCCAGGUGCACGAGUACCUGGGCCUGGCAGGGGAAACCCUCUACCUGGCCGUGCACUUGCUUGAUGCCUACCUGCGCGCAGGCCGAGUGCGCCUACACCGCCUGCAGCUGCUGGGCGUGGCCUGCCUGUUCGUGGCCUGCAAAAUGGAAGAAUGCGUGCUUCCGGAGCCCGCCUCCCUCUGCCUCCUGGGAGCUGGCUCCUUUUCCAGAGCCGAGCUUCUGCGGGCAGAGCGCCGCAUCCUGAGCCGUUUGGAUUUCCGGUUGCACCACCCGGGCCCGCUGCUUUGCCUCGGGCUACUCGCUGCCCUGGCCCGGAGCAGCCCCCAGCUCUGGCAGGUGAUGCUACUUGCCACCUACUUCCUGGAGCUGUCUCUGCUGGAGGCCGAGGCCGCAGGAUGGGAGCCUGGCCGUCGCGCAGCUGCGGCGCUAAGCCUGGCGCAACGCAUGCUCGACGGGACGGGCUCCGGGCCCAAGCCGGCGCUUUACAGAUUUGGGGACCCUUAACCUUGGCCAGGGUGGAAGAUAGGAUCUCCUGAGGCUCGGAAGAUGCUCUGCGUUCCCGGGUUGAGGAGUCGGCCAGCCUCGAAUCUCCUUCCAAGGAAUGGCGUCUUCCUUUAGCGGCUAGAGGCGCCCUCGCCCCCAACCUCCUUAACCAUGCCACUGGGUGGCAGGUGCUUCCUCUUCCAGCCCGAGCGCCCGGGGUAGAGCUGGAUGUCUGCCCAUCCUCGGCCCCACACCUUCCCUCCCCGUGGUUCUGGCUCUUCCCUGGCCGCGCCCUGCGGGGAGAAUCGAGGGUCGGCCCCUAUUCGGCGCCCUCCAGUCACUCACUCUCUAGAGAGCCCCUGAGCGGUCCUCGGGGCCCCAAGUAAACAUGUC